GGCGGGCAGGCACACAGCGUGGCCGAGCCGGCGGCGAGAGAGGAUGGCAGGGUGCCUGCGUGCCCGGGGAGGAGGAGGGCUGGGAUCCCGGCACCCGCCCAGCCCGCCCGCCCGCCUCUCGCUUGUGGGAGCGGUAACCGGCCAGGGGAAGGUUCUCCCCGGGAAUGGAGCUUCUCCCCGCCAGUAGCUGCGGCCGGCGCCCUUCCUCGCCUUAGCUCUCAGGUUCCUUAGAUGUCAGGAUGGCAGCGUCAAACUUGGAGAACCAGCUGCACAGCGCUCAGAAGAACCUGCUUUUCCUCCAGCGGGAGCAUGCCAACACGCUCAAGGGGCUCCACGCAGAAAUCCGGCGGCUGCAGCAGCACUGCACAGAUCUGACAUACGAGUUGACUCUCAAAAGUUCAGACUUGACAGAAAGCGGGAGCUCAAGGAGCGAAGAGCUCAAGAGGAAGUGCGAAGAGCUCGAGGCUCAGCUCAAAGUGAAAGAGGCCGAAAACAACGAGUUGCUCAAGGAGCUGGAGCAGAAGAACGCCACGAUCAUGGUCCUCGAGAACACCAUCAAGGAGAGGGAGAAGAAGUACCUGGAGGAGCUCAAGAUGAAAAGCCAUAAGCUCAACAUGCUGUCCAGCGAACUGGAGCAGCGGGCGAGCACCAUCGCGUACCUCACCUCGCAGCUGCACGCGACGAAGAAAAAGCUCAUGAGCUCCAGCGGGACUUCCGACAGCUCCCCUUCCGGAAGCCCGGUGCUGUCCGGCUAUAAGCCGGCCCCUCCCAAAGAGAAGCUCCCGGAGACUCCGCGGCGCAGGAUGAAGAAGAGUCUGUCUGCCCCGCUGCACCCCGAAUUCGAGGAGGCCUACCGGUUAGGGUCGGAGAGCCGGAAGCUGCUCUUGCGGGAGCCCCUGGAUGCGAUGCCGGAUCCCACCCCCUUCCUCCUGGCCAGGGAGGCGGCCGAGAUCCACCUGCUCAAAGAGAGGCCUUUAGUCAUCCCCCCCAUCCCUUCCGAGCGCUCCUGCGCAGAGCCGCACAGCCCGGCGCGGGAGAAGCAGUACAAGGCCCACGUGGGGGUGGCGCACCGCAUCCACCACGUCGCUCCCCCCCAGGCCCCGCCGGAGGUCGAGACGCUCGCGGUGGAUCAGGUGAACGGGAGCAAAGUGGUCCGAAAGCACUCGGGGACGGACAGAACUGUUUAAGCCAACCGUUUUGGGGGGUGGGUGGGUGGGUGUGACUCUCUUAUGCACUGUGAUCACAAAUAGGGUUAAUCGCAUCUGCAGUAAAUUUUAAUUUCUCCCUCUCCAACAGCCCCCCCUGCAUGCCAAAUUUUUUCCAUCACUCUAGAAUGACUUCCUUCAGCGGAACCCCGCCAGUCCCACCCCGACUGUGUCCAUAUCCGCAGAGUCUCUGCUUAAUGAAACGCUGUGGCCAAACGCAGGUGUCCGCCUGACUGCUUGCUUCCGACGCUCCGUCAUUUAGUCUCAGCGCACUCUGUGGGCAAGCGCCCGGGCAACCGUCUGCAUUAUUAAUCCGUAGCCGUGACAGAACCGGCCUCCUCCCGAUAACCCCGCGGCACUGUGUAUCGGCUGCUCGUGGUUCCGGUCUCCCCCGUACGUAUCCCUUCACACACAGUCAAGACAAAUCCUUCGGUGGGGAGGGAGCAGGGAAGGGCUGGCCGCGACGCAGAUGCUGGCGUGCGAAGAACCGAGCCAGCUGAACGCACCCUCCCCACGUCCCAUCACCUGGUCCCGAUCACAGUGUUCAUGUUUUCUGUUAACAUUUUUAUCUAGAGCUACUAAAUCCCAACAAACUCUAUUUUGUUUAACCCUUGCUGAUCUUGUUUUGUGUCCUUUUUGUUCGAUAUCCGGAGUCUGACAAUCGCAACUGGCUCUUCCCCUCCAGGGGGGCAGAGAGGGAACGGCUGGUCACGGGCCAGAAGGGGGCAGGUCUCUCAGCUGCCUGAAGCACAAGGCGGGCUUUUACGGCUUCCGCUGGACCCGAGAGGCAGAUCAGUGUGCCUCAGAAAUCUGGGGGGCCCAAGUGGGUCCCGUCCUUAUGCGUGAUUGAUGGCAGUCUCUACCGGUGGGGAGGGGGCAGUCAGUGUAAGGGAGGGAGGGGUGCCUCUGCCUUUGAGAGGGGUGGUUCUUCCGCCUUCGGUCCAGCUGGGAGCGCAGGUAGCUGCUUUGCAGACAGACCACGAGGGGCUCGUUUUAAAACCUGACUCCCUUUUGAUUGUCCAAGGAAGCCUUUUGCUUUAGAAUUUCUCAAUUACGUAGGUGUGCACUGUGUCACCUCUGACGGUUAAAGGCCAUCUCAACCCACGGCCAUUUCCGCACUGCGACUGUUCACAAAGAGGUUCUCCUCCUCUGAGGUCACGGACCCAAGGCAGAGCGUGGAACCCACAUGCCGGCCGCGUGCGUCCUUGAUAAAGUCACCCAGUCACUUUAGCCUUUGUCAGGUAAGCAUAAAAACAGCCCCCGCGGUCUGCUAAAGACGGGAAGCAGUUUCUGUCUUCGUCGGGGUGAACCUGUUGCUGGCUUACAACGUGCCUUCAGCUCAGCUCUUAACCUAGCCUAGGGGAAGGAGCUGCGUGCUCAGCUCUAGGGCUUAACACAGCACGGGGUGUGGCUAAAUCUGAAUCGUGUUUGGCUGAGUGGCUGGCUGCUUGGCCAAUUCAAAGAGCCAUUUCCCCCCUCUUUAAACGGACAAGGAUGUGUGGUAGCAGGUGGAAGCCACUGUUCUUUGCAAUGGGAAUCCUGCCGGUAGCUCAGCGUAGUCUUGUUCAGGAAGUAUCCUGCCACCGCACUGCAAAGCAGGCCUUCAUUCUCCCAGAAAGCCAUGUGUGCACCUUAGAGCCACAGGGUCCCCUUUAAGUUUAUUCCUGACACUACUGGAAACCCCGUAUCUUUGGCCAACCACAUUUCCCAACACAAUCCUUAACUGGGUGUGCAUGAUAUUUUGGGGGGUCUCUAACCCAUUCUUGCCUCCUGGAUUCAUUUAUUGUGUGAAUUAUGUGUUGGGAUUUCUCUUCACGAGUAAGCACUUAAGUCUCUCUUAGAGACUAAAGGGAAAUCUUUAGUUUUAACCAGACACCAUUUUUAAAUGUAUUGCAUUAACCACCACUGGUUUUGGUCACUUUAUCUAUAACUUCUAUUUAUUCCCAUGUCCAGUGAUGGAAAACAGCCUAAGAUGCUGGGAAAACUGUACUGUAAAAUUAAAAACGCUCCAAACCUUUCUUACAAUCCUGUGGCCCCAAAUAUAUGGUAGUCCGUGUCUGAUUUCACUGGGAAUCC